AUGCCUAGCAAACAGCCCUCAAUACGCGAUUUCUCACGCAAUGCGGUCAAAACCUGGCUACACGAGCCGUCCUCACAUUACGCAAUCCCCCUAGGGCUGAUCUUCGUCGCACCACAACACCACAAAGAAACCCCCUUUCCAUACAAGAUGCGACCUCUGCGUAUAGAGGGAGGAACUAUCUUAAAGUUCCGGAUUAGCGCCUCAGAGAUGCGGAAUAAAGACAAGGCCAGAAUGCGCAUCGGUUACUUACGGGAACGCGUCCAAGCCCUUGUUACUUGCACCUCCAGGCUUAAGGCUGCCCGACCGGAAGUUCUAGACCCAGCUAAUCGGGAAUCCUGCACAGUAAUUGCCUCGAUAAAUAUAAUAGGAGACUCUCUUCCUCCAUGGCUCGUUUUCGCUCAUUACCCAACGACGAACUGGGCUGGCAUUGACAUCGGGACACGCGUGCGAUUUGCCCCGUCACCCACUGGCUUCUCAAAUGCUGAGAUACACCUUGAGUGGGCGAGACAUUUCAAUUGCUGGUCUUGGGCAUCAUCAGCACAGGCAAAGCAGUCUGGAAAGGAUUUCGAACAGUGGUUUAGAUGUGGCGAGCAUCUCCGGCUCCCGGGCCGAGGCAUGAGUAGCGUGGAGAUUGAGAAGCCUCCAGUUGAUCGUCCUGAUGAGAAGAUAUUAUAUAGAUUACUGGUUCUGGAGGGCUUCACAGGACAUACCACUCUUGCCUUGACUGAGUACUGUAUCAAGUUCAACAUCAUCAUCGCCAUCUUGCCGCCGCAUGCCACCCAUCUCAUGCAACCGCUUGACGUUGGUGUGUCCCAGCCACUGAAGGCAGCCCACCAGAAAGCACUUCGCAAAUCCCUUGCAGAGGGCAACCUAACCUUUUCACGGAUCGACUUCGUCGCUGAAUUUCAACAAGUCUAUGAGGCUGGCUUCCCGAGCCAUAACAUCAUGUCGGGAUUCGAGGAAACUGGACUAUGGCCCGCCUCGCCUCAGCCAGUACUAGCAAAGCUCCUGCAGGAGCAACUCCGGCAGCGGAAACGCAUGAAUCCUGCAUACACCUCGCUCAGAGCAUGUCCCCGGUGCUCUGAUGUCGGUAGCUUGAGACAUCCUUUUGUUGUUGCACAGCCUACCAGAACGCCGAGGAUAUGCUACUUGAUAUUCGCGACCUGCCUGUUGAAACGCACGAGGCAGGCCGCGCCAAAUGAAUGCGAGCCUUCACCGUGA